AUGGAAGAAGAUAAUUUAGCACCUUUGAUUCCUUUUGAGGAGAAGAACUUCUUUUGCAUAGAAUAUCCUGGUUACAUUAAGAAUGUCGAUCGUGCCCUGGAAACUAUGGGAGGAGAGAAAAAUAUUUCAAAAGCAUUGAGCAAAGCUGAACCGCUUCAAUUGAAAUUUAGACCCAAAGAUCCGUUUUCUCAUCCAAUCAACGGUGACAUUGUCCAAUCUUCAAAAUUACUACUCAAAGUAACACGUCGAGUUAAAAAAGGAAGACCACUUUCUGAAGCAACACUAGAAACACGGAUAUUGGGUCAAAUAAACAAAACAUGUCGAUUUGGAGGUCUUGCUGAUUUCCAAUACUUGGUACCAAAGACUACGCCGUCUGUACAAUUGAAAGAUGCGAUUAUAAGUGGUGGCAUCGACAGAAUUAUGAAUCACAGAUUUGCAGAAGAUAAAAUUGAUCUGAAUAACCUUCAGAAUAUCCCUCCACCGCUGUUCAGUGUAUCAGAAACCCCAUGCAGUUAUGGAUAUCGACAGUGUGGAACUGUUGUGAAAGUUCGUGUUCGACAGCCAGAUGGUUCAUUCAAGAUCAAACUUAUCAACAGAAACCGAAGAAAAGGUUUUGAUAUUAUAUAUAUCAAUUUCGCUGAUAAACCAAAAAAAGAUAUUACGAAUGGUGAGGAGAAGUACAAGGCCACAGCCAUUGAGUUAAGAAAGCUAUUCAAUGAACGUUACAUCUGGUCUCGUACUGCUUUAAAAGCCUUUUUAGCACCUGAACACCAUGAAUAUAUCCCACUGUAA